AAAGCGUCGGGCAAGCAACCCUCUUGACUCUCAAUCGCACCUCCAUGCUCUACCACCGUACUCCGCCCCAUGCCACACGGUUUGCUCCUUCCCGUGAACGUGACUAUAAGUCAGACGGAUCCCUUGCUGUUAUCAUCAUCAGCUGAAGCACAAGCAGCUUGAGAGUGUGAUCUCAAGCCUCAAACAGCUUUGAAUUCUACCAGUUUCUCAGCCUCCUGCUCUCAAUCCGCUUCAAAACCCGUCGUCAAAAGCCCGGAUUUCCUUCACCCAGCCCAGCUCGCAGCCAUGGCGCUCCCUCGUGGCCUCUCCUUCGCUUCGGCUCUCGCCCUGAUUGUUCUCCUCGCGGCGUCCCUCGCCCCCGCCGCUCAUGCUCGCAAUGGCGCCCUCGUCUCCGACGAAGAAAUCUCCAGUGCGCUCCUCGCCGCCUCUGCUGCUGCACGUUCCGGCGCGGAUGGGGGUGUCCCCGGCGCCACCGCGGGCGGAGUUGCGGAGAUUGCGGAGAGCAUUCAGCGCCAGGGCCCGCGCAUCCUCAACGUGGAGACUUAUGAGGUGGACGAGCCUCUUCCCGACUACCUGAGCCACGUUGAGCCGCACCGGCGCGAGCUCCAGACCAGCUGGAAGCUCGACUCGAAGUGCGAUGGGAGCAACCUCAUUCUAGCAUCCAAGUUCGUGAGCGUGUUCCACAGGGCCAACUACUUAUUCAACUUCACUAUGGUCAACACCUGCAAGUUCAGUCUCGUGAGCCCACUCGUGCUCUUCAACUGCUUCGACUUCGGCAACGUGCUUGUCGGAUCCCUUGAGAACCCCGCCCGCAACCCCACUCAGUACCAGACGUUCCCGAUCUUCGGUCCCUGCUGCAAGUACACUUAUGGCCGUGGCAAUUGCGCGGUUAACUUCAACAACGGUCCCAAGGGUAACAUUCAGAUCAGGGGGGGCCAAACCGCAAGCUUUCUCUACGCGUGGAACUUCCCUUUGAGGGCAUGCAAUAAGGAGCUCACCUAUGCGAAUGGGGAUCGCUACUUUAUGGACGAUAGUCGCGUGGGUAAGGAGUGCGAACCGGCUCCUUUCUUCUUUAACUAGAGAGAGGGGGGGGGGGAGGGGAGUUGGGGAGUGUAUUUGGGGGGGGGGGGGUGCACAGAGGGGGCUGAGUCCCCCCUUGAAGGCUGACGAGCCGACAGGGGUGGAUAGGACGGUUCAGGGGACGGAUGAGGAUCGAUCAAGGGCUUUUAGAUGCUGAUGUGUUACUUGUCUUUGCUACAUGUCUGUGAGACUUGUUUAUAAUGGAAUAAGGCCCUGGGUUAAAUUUUCCUUCUCUAGC